CAUUUAAUAUGCUUCUCGAAUCCCCUGGCGCCGCCCCCGGAAGUCCCUUUCUAACCGCACCGCCGAGCAAACUCACCGGAGAGAAGCCGUACACCCAUCGGCGACUAUUAUUAUACCAAGAGUGUCAACGAAUCUGGGAUCUGCUGCUAGGUGCAACGAACCCAUCUCAGUUGCAGAUUCGUUUUCGUUAGAGUUGUGUUGUUUGCCGUAGGUGCUGAUAUGAAUUGGAGAGGUUCAGCGUCGGGUUCAAAGGAGAAGCACAUCUCCACGUCCCAAGGUGCUUGGUUACAGGGAUUGUUCUAUGAUUGGUUUGCUUUGUCUCUGCUUUGAUGGUUUCGUUCUGUCUUUCUCCUCAGUAGAAUUUCUUUGAUUUCUUUCAUAAGAAAUUAAGGCGGUGAGUUUGAUUGCCAAGAUUCCGGCGACCAAGGGUAUGUGCAGAUCCAAACAUCCCAUGAUGCGUUCUUUGUUUUGGGAGGUGAACAGAAGGGUAAAGAUCCAACUCUUUCAUUCGUUUCUCCCUCUAUGUAAUUGUGAUUUCGUGGUUUUUUUGCAGGGUUAAAACUAAAUUGUAUUAUAUUGUAAUUUUGCUUCCCUUUGUGAUUGUGUAAGGGUUGUGGUAAUGCCGCUGAAGUGUAGCCAAAAUUCUCCAUCCAAAUUGUAAUUUAUUUUACUUCGUUCAAGUCGAC